GAGUCGGAAGUGGGAACCCUUUGGCCCCUGAGACUGUCGUGUCGUCGCUGCUGGCCCUUCAGGCUCUGCCCCUCCCCCUAGGUCUGGAUGGAGGAUACCUUAAAGUGAAAUGACAGACCAGGAGAAUAACAACAACAUCUCAAGUAACCCCUUUGCUGCUCUUUUUGGCUCCCUGGCUGAUGCCAAGCAGUUUGCAGCAAUCCAAAAAGAGCAGCUGAAGCAGCAAUCUGAUGAACUCCCAGCUAGCCCGGAUGAUUCGGAUAAUAGUGUGUCAGAGAGCCUGGAUGAAUUUGAUUACUCUGUGGCUGAGAUCAGCCGCUCAUUCCGGUCACAGCAAGAGAUAUGUGAGCAACUCAACAUCAAUCACAUGAUCCAAAGGAUCUUCCUCAUUACUCUGGAUAACAGUGAUCCUAGCUUGAAAAGUGGGAAUGGCAUCCCCAGCCGUUGUGUGUAUUUGGAAGAAAUGGCAGUAGAACUGGAAGAUCAAGACUGGCUUGAUAUGAGCAACGUUGAGCAGGCCAUCUUUGCUCGCUUAUUACUUCAAGAUCCAGGAAACCACUUGAUUAACAUGACUUCUUCUACAACAUUAAAUCUGUCUGCUGAUCGAGAUGCAGGAGAGAGGCACAUUUUUUGUUACCUUUAUUCCUGCUUCCAAAGAGCCAAGGAAGAGAUUACCAAAGUUCCAGAGAACCUGCUACCCUUUGCAGUACAGUGCAGGAACCUCACUGUGUCAAAUACCCGAACAGUUCUCCUCACCCCAGAGAUCUAUGUUGACCAAAACAUCCAUGAACAAUUGGUAGAUUUGAUGUUGGAAGCCAUCCAAGGAGCCCAUUUUGAAGAUGUAACUGAAUUUCUAGAAGAGGUCAUUGAAGCCUUGAUACUAGAUGAGGAAGUUCGAACAUUUCCUGAAGUCAUGAUUCCAGUGUUUGAUAUUUUAUUGGGCCGAAUAAAAGAUCUGGAGCUGUGCCAGAUCCUGUUGUAUGCAUAUCUAGAUAUUCUUCUCUAUUUCACUAGGCAAAAGGAUAUGGCAAAGGUUUUUGUAGAGUACAUUCAACCUAAGGACCCAAGCAAUGGGCAGAUGUACCAGAAGACCUUGCUGGGAGUCAUUCUGAAUAUCUCCUGCUUAUUAAAGACUCCGGGUGUGGUAGAAAAUCAUGGCUACUUCCUGAAUCCAUCUCGGUCCAGUCCUCAGGAGAUCAAAGUACAGGAGGCCAACAUCCAUCAGUUCAUGGCUCAGUUCCAUGAAAAGAUCUACCAGAUGCUGAAGAACUUACUCCAGCUCUCUCCAGAAACCAAACACUGUAUCUUAUCCUGGCUGGGAAACUGUUUGCAUGCAAAUGCAGGCCGCACCAAGAUUUGGGCCAAUCAGAUGCCAGAAAUCUUCUUCCAGAUGUAUGCCUCGGAUGCCUUCUUUCUGAAUCUGGGUGCUGCUCUCCUGAAGCUAUGCCAGCCAUUUUGCAAACCCAAGUCCUCUCGGCUUCUCACCUUUAAUCCUACUUACUGUGCCCUGAAGGAGUUAAAUGAUGAAGAACGAAAAAUAAAAAAUGUACACAUGAGAGGUUUGGACAAAGAAACCUGUUUGAUCCCAGCUGUGCAGGAGCCAAAGUUUCCCCAGAACUACAACCUUGUAACAGAGAACCUUGCACUGACAGAGUAUACCUUGUACUUGGGAUUUCACAGGUUGCAUGAUCAGAUGGUAAAAAUCAACCAAAAUCUGCAUCGGCUACAGGUUGCCUGGAGGGAUGCUCAGCAGAGUUCUAGCCCUGCUGCUGACAACCUCCGUGAACAGUUUGAACGACUGAUGACCAUCUAUCUUUCAACCAAGACUGCCAUGACUGAGCCACAGAUGCUACAAAACUGCCUAAAUUUGCAGGUGUCCAUGGCUGUUCUGCUGGUUCAACUGGCCAUAGGCAAUGAGGGCUCACAGCCAAUAGAGCUAACUUUUCCUUUGCCAGAUGGCUACAGCUCUUUGGCUUAUGUGCCAGAAUUUUUUGCAGAUAACCUCGGUGAUUUCCUCAUUUUUCUCCGCCGCUUUGCCGAUGACAUCUUGGAGACAUCAGCAGAUUCCUUGGAGCAUGUCCUUCACUUUAUCACCAUUUUCACUGGGAGCAUAGAAAGAAUGAAGAAUCCUCACUUAAGGGCUAAACUAGCUGAGGUGCUGGAAGCAGUGAUGCCCCACCUGGAUCAGACCCCAAAUCCCUUGGUAUCCAGUGUGUUCCACCGGAAGCGUGUGUUCUGCAAUUUUCCACAUGCACCCCAACUUGCAGAAGCUCUAAUCAAGGUUUUUGUGGACAUCGAGUUUACAGGAGACCCCCAUCAAUUUGAACAGAAGUUUAAUUACCGCCGUCCCAUGUAUCCCAUCCUAAGAUACAUGUGGGGAACAGAUACGUAUCGGGAGAGCAUUAAGGAUUUGGCUGACUAUGCCUCUAAGAAUUUAGAAGCUAUGAACCCUCCACUUUUCCUCCGCUUUCUUAACCUGCUAAUGAAUGAUGCCAUCUUCCUUUUGGAUGAAGCUAUACAGUAUUUGAGCAAGAUAAAGAUCCAGCAGAUUGAGAAGGACCGAGGUGAAUGGGAUAGUCUGACCCCAGAAGCCCGCCGAGAGAAAGAGGCUGGCCUGCAGAUGUUUGGGCAGUUGGCACGUUUUCAUAACAUAAUGUCCAAUGAAACAAUUGGUACACUUGCCUUCCUAACAUCAGAGAUCAAAUCACUUUUCGUGCAUCCUUUUCUGGCUGAGCGCAUCAUCUCUAUGCUGAACUACUUCCUGCAGCACCUGGUUGGGCCCAAGAUGGGUGCCUUAAAAGUCAAGGACUUCAGCGAAUUUGACUUCAAACCCCAGCAGCUUGUAUCAGAUAUCUGCACUAUCUACUUAAAUCUUGGGGAUGAGGAGAAUUUCUGUGCCACUGUGCCCAAGGAUGGACGUUCCUAUUCCCCAACUCUCUUUGCACAGACAGUUCGAGUCCUGAAGAAAAUAAAUAAGCCUGGGAAUAUGAUUGUGGCUUUUAGUAAUCUGGCAGAGAAAAUCAAGUCUCUUGCAGACCUCCAACAACAAGAAGAGGAGACCUAUGCAGAUGCCUGUGAUGAGUUCCUGGAUCCUAUCAUGAGCACACUGAUGUCUGACCCUGUGGUGCUGCCAUCUUCCAGAGUCACUGUGGAUAGGUCCACCAUUGCCAGACAUUUGCUCAGUGACCAAACAGAUCCUUUUAACCGCAGUCCCCUCACCAUGGAUCAGAUCCGGCCAAACACUGAACUAAAAGAAAAAAUCCAACGGUGGCUUGCAGAGAGGAAACAACAGCAAAAGGAGCAACUUGAAUAAAUACUGUGAACUAAGCAAACCAAAAACCAACCCCAGAGUGUAGAUAAACAAUUGGUUUCUUUUUUUUUUUUUUAGUUCUGUUCCUUUCCUUUUUUUUUUCUUUCCUCCUUUUCUUUUUUCUUUUUUUUCAUCUUCUUUAUUAAAUUUUAGAACUGCUUUUGCUCAAAUUAUGAUAAUUAAGAUUUCUGAGAAUUUGUCAGUGCUCCCCUGGCUUGCAGGAAAUUAUACUUCUUAUAAUCACCCAGUGAUUAUAAAUCACUAAUUUUCAGCCUUUUUUCUCUAUUCCUAUUUUUCCUACCUUAUUAGUUCAACUGCUAAAACUUCCCUCCACUUUACUAUUUUUCUCCCCAAGUACUGCCCAGACAUUUUUAGUGAGCAGUACUUUGUAAGUCUGCAGUGUCACGUAUUUCAAUGACAGUUGAUAUAACCAGAAAAUCCUGCAUUAUCCUGCAAAUUUACUAGUCCUCAUGAUCUGGACUUAAGCCCUUAUACUUGUUAUAGCUCUAUGAUGUUACAAAACAACAUUUCACAUAAAAGCAGAUACCUUGAUGUUCGUGUUGACUUUUGAAUAAGAUGAUAGAUUUUUUUUAAAAGGAAUCUUAUGCAACUUCUGUUGAUAGCUCUUAAUUUUGUGUUAUCUUGUAACUCAAGAUAUUAUCACAAACACACACUCUCUCAUGGGGUUGUCACCACCAAAACUUCAGCCCUGCAGCCUUUUUAUGAGGAUUAAUGAUUGGGCAAACUUGCAUUUUAGACACUUAAGUCAAAAAAUUAUGGGGUGAAGGGAUUAAUAAACUAUUAGACCUUUUUUCUCUUAUAAAAAUCUAUUGUUACAAAGACUAGACCUGAUUAGAAGUUAGGCAACAAAUAUUGUAAACAUGAAAAACAUCAUAUAAGACACUAAUAUCAACAGUAUAUCUCACACAUACAUACAUACCAUGUACUUUUUUAUAUUGGUAUAAUAUAAAUUGAGUGCCACUUUCUGUUGUCUCUUCCAUAGUAAGAUAUAUGCAGUGUGUGGCCAUGUUUACUCAGAUACUCAUUCUAGACAGGUGAAAUUCUGAGACUAUAAAAUGUAUAUAUUUAAUGUUUGUUUGGGCUUGUGGCCUGGCCUCUAAGAGCUGCUUCUAACAUAGCCUUGGGUCAUCAAUUAAUAAAGUAGGAAUUUGAGCAAAACCUUGUCCACAAGCCAUUUAGUAUCCACUUAGCCCCAAGUAGUUAGUAAGUGGAAGUACCCCACUUUUACAAGUUGGGCCUGAGUUCCCUACUUAAUUGUGUAGCUUAACAUGCCAAGUGAGGGACAUUCCCCUAUGGAUUGUCUUUACAUUAGUAUUCAUCUAAGCCCAGAGAUAUCAUAAGGGACAAGAAAAGUGAUACAAUUUAGAAAUAGGGAUCAUUGCUUUUUUUAGAGGACAUCGUUAACUACGGCCUCUUUCAAAUAUGAUAGUAGUUUUACAAUAUUCUAGCACAAGUUGCUAUAAGGAGUCCUUGAUGUGUUUUUGAUAAUCAGCUGGAAAACUCAAAUCAGAUUGGGCCUACCACCCAUGAUAGAAAAUAGACGUCUAUUGCUGCACUUAUAAAUGAAAAGGGAAUCUGGGACACCUGCAAAAUGCCAGAAUGUAAGAUUAAUUCAUUGUGUUCCCCAGGCCUUUUAAGGUGUGGGUUGAUAGGACUUAUAAAGUCAGUUUCAUUUCAUAUUUAUUUUCCUUAUUUUUUUUCUCUGAGAGUGACCUGUGUAUAAAAUAAACUUCUACGUAUAUGUACUUGCAUUAUCUUCCGAAUCCAAUCUAAUAGGAUGUUUUCAUUUUAAGAAGGAGGAAAAAACAGUUUUGUAGAAUAAAGAGGAAAAUGGGCACAAAACCUCAGAAGGCAGCUGUUUGCAGAAGCUUUCUAGCUAACAACCUCUAUGCUGCCUCCAGUAUCUGUUUUGUACUUUGCCUUCAGAUUGUACGCCUUUUCUGGCAAGCUUUUUUUUUUUUUUUUUUUUUUUGUAAUAUAUAAAACUCUUUUCCUGAGCCUCUUUAUGAAUAGCUGUGGCACCAUUAAUGCUGCUGAAUAUCUUUAAACUUAUCACAAAAGCAAGUGUGUAGCUUAAGGACACUAUUGGUAAGGAACCAAGUGUCCUCUGUGCCUUCUUUCUUUCUGUGAAGUAACUUAGGAUGUCAAAAAAAUUGAGACAUUAAAUAAGUUAUCAUCUUGGUACAAUAUGGUGCAUAUAUGCAUUUGGAUAUGUAAGGAGGUGCUUUGUCCGGAACUCAGCAGCAGCUCUAAAUCUUUAAGAGUAGAUAUGUGACAUACAUAGUUUUAUGUGUUGGCUUUGCUGGAGUAUGAUAGGAAAAUGAAGACUCUAAUCAGCUCUGGUAUUGCUCAUAACUUACCAAGAGGCUAAUACUUUGGAAAAUUAUUUAAAUAGGUUUUAUCAAGCAGUUUUUUUUUUUUUAGUAUAGUUUUUAAUAUGUGAAAGCUGAAGGAAAUUAGAGGUAUUUUAAUGGUGCAGGUGAAGGCACCUGUUGCUGUUUGGGAUCACACCCUACAAAAGCUUCAUGACUUUAUUUGAUGCUGGUUUCUAAGCAGCCACUGUACGGGGUAUAAGUCUACUGGGUGCCUUUACAAGCCAGAGGCUGAUGCUGCACUGUUGUCAUGCAAGGAAAUAAUGUACAUGCUCUAACAGCAAAACAGGAAAGGAACCUAGAAACAAAAUGAAGAGCAAAACAUCAAAAUGGUUGACUAAAGUAAAACUUGAUCAACAUAACUAUUUUGAAACAUUCCAGGAAGGUUACUUCUUGUCCUACUUGCCUGGGGGUGUUUGUUCAAACUUGUAUUUAAUAAAUGAACACCUGACUUACAA